UAUAUUCAUUUUACCCUUGAUGAAUUUCAUGGAAUUAAUUAACAUAACGAAUUCACCAGUUGGGCUGCAAUAUUUAUUUAGUUAUGGUUUAAACUAUUUAUAAAUCUAGUCCUGUAUACGCUUGCUUUACAUACACUAGACAUGAUGGCAAAAGAGAUAGAAAAGGAUAACAUAUAUUCGAACGUGUAUUGUCUCAGCCGCUUCAACACAGCCUUCAUUAAGCAAUUUGAACUAGCUGUGAAGGAUUAUAAAAAAUCAAUUCAACCCGGCAGAGAAAAGUAUGUGAAGAAAAGUACGCUUGUCCACGGAAUCGGGACAGGGAUUGGAGGCAUUCUGGGUGGCAUCAUUGGCAUAUGUUUUGAAAUGGGACCUAUCGCUGCAAGUAGCAGAAUGGCAGGAAAUUAUUUCCAUAACAAAUUUCAAUUUCGCGAAAAGGCGAAAAAAAUCGUUGCAACGCUUCAAAAUUCGGAUUCUAGUAAAGAAACAUUUUACGACGUCCAACAGCAACGCCAAAAUCUGUAUAAAAUUUUAAUUCAAGGUGCCACCGAAAUAUUUGUAGCAUUCGAAGAAAUAUUUAUGGCGGUGGCACAACACGAUUUGCGUGACUUGCACAAAAUCGUGCAUGAUGCAGUUUGUCGUAUUUUCCAUUAUCUGAGUCACUCUGACCUUCAAGAAUUUUCAUCUCAAUCAAUUUGGAAAGGAGUUUUAGAAGGAACAUCAAAAUUCAGUACGCUUGGAAAAGCUACCAAAUUAAAGGCAAGAGGACAUAAAAUCUACAUUGUAAAGAAAACAGACGUCAAACCUGCCGAUGUAAAAUCUAUUAAGAAAAACUUUCUCCAAAAGUUGAAAUUAAGCAAAAUUUCGAAAGGAAUCACCCAGAAAGUGUAUUCUCAACUAAAACUCCCCCGAAAUAAGAACGCUGUUAAGAUUAAUUCUUCCGAUUUGUUCAAUUUCUCCGGUGUCUUAUUUCUCACUGACAAUAAUCCGUUAAGAAAGCGGACUAUUUAUGCUAAAGAUGAAGACAAACUUGACUUGUAUGGAUGUCGUCUUUCGUUUGAGGGAGAAAGUAGCGAAUAUUUGGAACGGUUAGGGUACAAGUCACUGGAUGACCGGUUUGACGACAAAUAUGGUGAGAAGAGAAUCAACGAGGUACAAUUGGACGAAGUAAAUGAGAAGAUUCUUAAUGAUUUGGAAGAAGACUGGAAAAAAUUGCAAAAUGAUAUUUCCGUGGUCCACCAAGAAGUACAGAAUGUAGGGAACGUUCUUUACGACAAAGUUGAGAACAUAGCUCAAAUCAUUCGACAAGCAAAGACUAAAGAAGAAAUUAAUUUUUUACCUUAUCCAAAACCUGAUAAAAAUUUCACUGGCAGGACUGAGCUUAUGGACAAAAUUAUCAAUUCUUUUACAUCAUGGAGCAAUAAUUCUAAUCAUCAGAUUGGAUUCCCGCUCGUCGAUCUCCACGGUCUUGGAGGGCAUGGAAAGACACAAACUGCACAAAAUAUCGCGGAGCGUUGCCUUAAAGAUAACCUUCUUAGGAUUAGUGGCGUUAUCUGGAUUGAUGCCGAAGAACAAUCUGGAAUAGUGGCUAAAAUCAGGAGGGAAUUAGAAAAUCAAGAAAUUCAAAACCUGCCAGAAAAUGAUGGCAUAUUACUUGCCAGUAAACUUUACGAUUUCAUAAUUACCAAGAGUCCGCAAAAAAUUCUAGUCAUAUUUGACAAUGUGGAAGGAUUUGAAGAAAUAGAGAAGUAUUUACCAUUCAACAAAAAUGUGGAUAAUAUUGCCGUACUAAUUACAUCCGUAGAGAAGAUUAUAAUUCCAACUGGAAUGGGAGAAAUUGACACUUUUAACAUGGACAUUCUUGAAGAAGGUGAAGCUAAGGAGUUGGCAGUUAAAAUACUGAAUGUUGAUGACACGGACCCUGACAUUUCCCUUCUUGUCUCCGAGUCUGGACGAAUCCCUAUAGUUCUCUGCUUCAUGGCGAGAACUAUUGCUAGCGUUAAGAACCUCGGACGCCUUUCAUACACUAUCACUCAGUUUCUUCAAGAAAUGAAGGAUACAUCAAAAAUACUACGGUAUCCAAAUGAUCCCAACAUCAAAGAUAACCUGAACCUGCAAUACAAGAAAAGUUUGUACACUUGUGUCAAAAUUGCUGUGGAAAAAUUGCAAGAAUCCAACCAUUUGUAUGCUCCCAUCGCAAUUCAUAUUAUUGAAAUUUGUCCCUAUUUCAGUAAUCAUUGUCCCCUCGGUUAUUUCCUGAAUCAUGUCUCAACUAUCAAACGGGAUAUUAGGGAAAUUUCAAACGCAUCUUUGAUCCCCCUCAAACCAAUUGAAGUUUUGAAAAACGCAAUCCAGCUCCUUUCGUCCUUCUCCUUAGUCAACUAUAAACUUGAUACACAUUCCAAAUUUGGGGUUGAGGUAGAAAUCCAUCGCCUGGUUCAAACUACGGUAGGACUAAUACAAGAAGAUGAAAAACGAGAUCACGACAUAUUGGAGGACCUCAUUGGCUGUGGGGAUUAUCCAAGAUCCGAGUUUAGCGAUGUGGAAGUGGGUAAAAUUGACGAAGCAUUUUUUCACUCCGGUUCAAUCGCCAUUCUUUGGUCACACACAGUAAAGUUUGAGGACCUAAUCAGAAAAUACUUCAUGGAGAAGGCAUCCCUGAAAAAAAUGAUUGACCACGGAUUUUUCCACGAAAUCGGAAAACUUAUCCAAAUACUCGGAGGAAAAAAUUUAACCAAGAAAAUACUUCAGUUCGAACCUGAUCAAGCGGUUGCAAGAUUACCCAUUCAAAAUGCAUUCCAAUCAGCUUUAACAGAUGAUUUUAACGGACUUGGGCUACAUUUUAUACAAAUACUUAAAGAUAAGCGAACUGAUAUUUGCGACACACUUUGGACCGGAGGGAUAACAAGCACAGUGAAAUUUUGCAUAAAAGGAUUGAACCUAGCCGUGGUGACUGCAUUAGUAGAAGAAUUCUCCUUAGACGAGGACUUUUUAUCACGUAAAAAUGACGAAAAUCAAACUCUACUCAUGCUUGCGAUAAUUUGCGGAAAAAUGGACAUUGCAAAAUAUUUGCUGGACAAAAAUACGAAUCCAUUUGUUAAGGGAUAUCAUGGACAUACAGCCUUACAUUUUUUGGCACGUGGAUUCUGGAAACGAGAUGCAGAAAUAACGAAUCUCUUAGUAACUCAAAUUGUCUCAAAAUAUCCGACAUUAAUAUACGAAAAAGAUGACGAUGGAAGAUUACCUUUCAUGUUAGCGGCAAAAUCUGGAUAUAAAAGUGUCCUCACUUUUCUACUUGAAAGCAUGACAGAUCCAAAGACUCAUAUUGAUUGUCUCGAUAAUAUGGGACAUACCGCGUUGAUGCUGGCCAUUCAAAAUAAACGGUUCAAACUUAUUCCAGAUGCCAUACAGGUUUUGCUGAAGUACGGAGCAGAUAUUCAUUACAGAAACCCUCUCAGCUUAUGGACUGCAUGGCACUAUGCAUUUUGUCCCGAGUUUUGUUACCAAAACGACAAGAUAUCCGGAUUGAACGAUGUUCUCAAAAUACUAGUUGAAAAUAAGGUUUCGCCAGAUUUGCCAGAUGAAAAUGGUGACACAUUUCUUCAUUUGAUGAUGAAGUAUAAGCUGAGUUAUUUUUACAUAUCAAGUAGUGACAAAAUUUUGGAAUUCAUAGCCGCAAAUAACUUGUGCAGAAUAUUUGAUUGCAAAGAUGCCGAUGGUCUGACAAUUUUAGAGUUGGCUGAGAGCAUGAAGAUUUCUGGGGGUUAUAAUAACGAAUACUCGGAAGAAAAAGUGUUUUACAUGGACGUUAUUAUUGAUUUUAUUAAGAAUUUAAAAAGUAAGCGAGCCUAAAAUAACUGAAAGUUUUAGGACAAGAAAACACUUAAAAUAUGCAAACUGUUUAUGUAUGAUGAAUUGAUGGGAGUUUUGGUUAUAUUUUUGCGAAUCGCUGGACUAUACAUACAUACAUAUGUACGUAAGUGUGACAAAACAAAUUACGUAAUCCCUGAUGAGUCAUUUAUGUAUCACGGUUUCAUACGUACGUAAGCACGUGUGCGUAUGUGUAUAUGUAUGUAUGUAUGUACGUGGUUGUUUACACAUUCACAACUUCGGAUUAGUACAUAUAUGGGUUUAUUUACACUCUAAACAAAAUUGAGUAAAAAAGAGGAUGACACAACAGUCGAGGUAAGAUUUGUCCAAAAUUGAGUAAAAUUUGCCCAACGUUGUGCGAACAA